AUGGUGGUUCCGCAGCAGGCCUGUGAUGCAGAUCACAUAUUAGCAGACCAGGCUGAGCUAUCAGCACAAGGAAGACAUGGUAAAACUGGCACACUGGUAGCAGCUUCCAUCCUGACAGCAGCUGAAGGCCCAAGAAGGCAAGGGAAGGUUCCAGAGAGCAAGCUGCUGGGGAGGCGGAACACGGGAGUUUUGACUGUGCUUACUCCACGCCGGCUUACCCAACACAUGGCUCACCCUGGGCAGGUGUCAGGCUAUGGGAAACCUUGGGACACCCCACUGGGGCUCGUCCCGCGCGCCCCUCUCGGGCGGGCGUCGGGCCCCGGCGUCCUGGCUGCCAGCGCCGUGGCCUGGCUGCUCCUCUGGGCAGCUGGGCUGGUCGGCAGGCUCGCCGCAGACUUCAGCGACGCCCCCUUCAGCGCUGGUGUGAGGCCCACUUGUUCUGAAAUUAUUUUGAGGCAAGAAUUUUUGAAAGAUGGUUUCCACAGAGACCUUUUAAUAAAAGUAAAAUUUGGAGAAAGCAUUGAGGACUUACAGACCUGCCGGCUCUUAAUUAAACAUUACAUUCCACCAGGACUCUUUGUGGAUCCCUAUGAGUUGGCUUCACUACGAGAAAGAAACAUAACAGAGGCAGUGAUGGUAUCAGAAAGUUUUAAUAUAGAAGCCCCCAACUAUUUGUCCAACGAGUCUGCAGUCCUCAUUUAUGCCCGGCAGGACGCGCAGUGCAUCGACUGCUUCCAGGCCUUCUUACCUGUGCACUAUCGCUACCACCGGCCACACGGGAAAGAUGGAGACACCCUCAUUGUGGUCAAUAACCCCGACUUACUGAUGUACUGUGACCAAGAGUUUCCAAUUUUGAAAUGCUGGGCUCAGUCAGAAGUAGCAGCUCCUUGUGCUUUGAAGAGUGAGGAGACCUGCCAGUGGAAAAACAUGCAGUACAAAUCAAUACUUAAGAAUUUGACAGUCCAGGUUCCGGUGGGACUGACUAUACAUACCUCUUUAGUGUGUUCUGUGACGCUGCUCAUUACGAUUCUGUGUUCUACUUUGAUCCUUUUAGCUGUUUUCAAAUAUGGCCAUUUUUCUCUGUAAGUUUUGUACAGUUAAGUGUUUUCUAUGAAUCUAAUAAAUGAGGUCUAUUCAUUUAUAACAGA